GUUGGCUGCUGGGUGUGCGCAGGAAAGGACGUGUUUUGUUUACUUUCGUGUUAACUAAUCAAAUUUAUCGGUGGAACACAAUUUAAACACAUAUCGGGGAAACUUCCUGCAUUUCAGAAUGCCGGUCUUUCAUACAAAGACGAUAGAAAGUAUUUUGGAGCCUGUAGCACAGCAGGUUUCCCGGCUGGUGAUUCUGCACGAGGAAGCGGAAGAUGGCAACGCGAUGCCAGACCUCGAGCGGCCAGUCUUCGCCGUCAGCCGCGCAGUCGACAAUCUGUGCAAGGUUGGCAAGGAGACCGUGUACAGCACAGACGACCCGAUCCUCAAGCAGGACAUGCCGCACUCGCUGCAGCGUGUCGAGGAGGCGUCACACCUGCUCGAGGACGCCUCGCGCAUGCUGAAGUCCGACCCCUACUCGGGUCCUGCCCGCAAGAAGCUCAUAGAGGGCGCUAGAGGAAUUCUUCAAGGAACGUCGUCGCUGCUGCUGUCCUUUGAUGAGUCGGAAGUGAGAAAAAUCAUCAGGGAAUGUAAGAAGGUGCUGGAGUACUUGGCCAUAGCUGAGGUCGUGGAAACUAUGGAAGACCUCGUGCAAUUUGUAAAGGACAUGAGCCCUGGCUUGACGAACGUGUCCAAGAUGGUGGACGCGCGCGAGAAGGAGCUGACUCACCAGGUUCACCGCGAGAUCCUCGUGCGUUGCCUUGACAACGUGAAGAACCUCACGCCCGUGCUCAUCUCCAGCAUGAAGAUUUUCAUACAGAUCAUGUCGCAGGGAGGGAACGGCCUGAAGGAAUCUCAGGAGAACAGGAACUACCUGGUGCAGCGGAUGACGGAUGAGAUCAACGAGAUCAUCCGCGUGCUGCAGCUGACGACGUACGACGAGGACGAGUGGGACGCUGACGAUCUCACCGUCAUGAAGAAGUCACAG